AUGACGGUCAACCCUGCCCCACCGCCAGUAGACGCGCUGCUCCUUGAUUUGGACGACACCCUCUACGAUGUUCCUGCCAUGAAGGCCCAGGUCGCGGCCAACAUCCAGGCCUACAUGGUCAAGUACCUGGGUGUACCUCAGGAAGAAGUGUACGAUCUCUGCUUCAAGUGCGUGGGCUGGGUACAUGCUGAUGUUAGGUGCUAUAUGCAGUAUGGCACCACCAUGGCUGGACUUGUGGCACAGGGCUACAAAAUAGAUGCAGACCACUGGCAUGCGGAGGUCCACCACAGCCUCCAAUACGAGCAGUACCUGCGGUGGGACGCGAAGCUGCGCUCCAUGCUGCAGCGCAUUCCCCUUCCGAAGUACAUUUUCACCAACGCCGACCGCAAGCAUGCCCGCAUCUGCCUGGACCUGCUGGGCGUCGCCGACUGCUUCCAGGGCGUGGUCGCGUUUGAGGACGUGCAGGCGGCCGCCGCGGCGCGAGGCUGGGCGCGACACGGCCGCCCCGUGGUCUGCAAGCCCGAGCACCAGGCCUACCUGCUGGCGCUGGAGGCCACAGGCCUUCACCCCGCGCGCACCGGCUGGUUCGACGACAGCACGCGCAACGUGGCGGCGGGGAAGCGGCUGGGCAUGUUCACCGUGCUGGUGGGGCGGAUCGGGGUGGAGGGCGCGGGGGCGGACGUGCAGCUGGCGUCCAUACACGACAUGCCCGCUGCGCUGCCAUGGCUCUUUGAGGGCGGGCAUUAUCCCUUCCCAGACCGACUCAUUGCUGAAGCAGUAUAA